GCCUCGCCUCCUCGGUGACGGCUCGCUCGGCUGCCGCCAUCUUGCGCACUUGCUGUCCUACCGCAGCGGGACAACUGCUUUGACGCAGCACCGCUUACCUGCACCGAGGCGGACUGGCAGCCCUGAGCGUCGCAGUCAUGCCGGCAGGACCCGUGCAGGCGGUGCCUCCGCCGCCGCCCGUGGCCACCGAGCCCAAACAGCCCACAGAAGAAGAAGCCUCUUCAAAGGAGGAUUCAGCCCCUUCUAAGCCAGUGGUGGGGAUUAUUUAUCCUCCUCCAGAGGUCAGGAAUAUUGUCGACAAGACUGCCAGCUUUGUGGCCAGAAAUGGACCUGAAUUUGAAGCUAGGAUACGACAGAAUGAGAUCAACAACCCCAAGUUCAACUUUCUGAACCCCAAUGACCCUUACCAUGCUUACUACCGCCACAAGGUCAGCGAGUUCAAGGAGGGGAAGGCUCAGGAGCCCUCUGCUGCCAUCCCCAAGGUCAUGCAGCAGCAGCAGCAAGCCACCCAGCAGCAGCUGCCUCAGAAGGUCCAAGCCCAGGUGAUCCAAGAGACCAUCGUGCCCAAAGAGCCUCCUCCUGAGUUUGAGUUCAUCGCAGAUCCCCCCUCCAUCUCAGCCUUUGACCUGGACGUGGUGAAGCUGACGGCUCAGUUUGUGGCCAGGAAUGGGCGCCAGUUUCUGACCCAGCUGAUGCAGAAAGAGCAGCGCAACUACCAAUUUGACUUCCUCCGUCCACAGCACAGCCUCUUCAACUACUUCACGAAGCUGGUGGAACAGUAUACCAAGAUCUUGAUUCCACCCAAAGGCUUAUUUGCAAAGCUCAAGAAAGAAGCUGAGAACCCCCGAGAAGUUUUGGACCAGGUGUGUUACCGAGUGGAGUGGGCCAAGUUCCAGGAGCGUGAGAGGAAGAAGGAAGAGGAGGAGAAGGAGAAGGAGCGAGUGGCCUAUGCGCAGAUUGACUGGCAUGAUUUUGUGGUGGUAGAAACAGUGGACUUCCAACCCAAUGAGCAAGGGAACUUCCCUCCCCCUACCACCCCGGAGGAGCUGGGGGCUCGAAUCCUCAUUCAGGAGCGCUAUGAGAAAUUUGGUGAGAGUGAGGAGGUCGAGAUGGAGGUCGAGUCUGAUGACGAGGAUGAGAAGCAGGAGAAGGCAGAGGAGCCUCCUUCCCAGCUGGACCAGGAUACCCAGGUGCAAGACAUGGAUGAGGGUUCAGAUGACGAAGAAGAAGGGCAGAAAGUGCCGCCACCCCCAGAGACACCCAUGCCGCCGCCUCUGCCCCCGACUCCAGACCAGGUCAUUGUUCGGAAGGACUAUGACCCCAAAGCUUCUAAACCCCUGCCUCCAGCCCCUGCUCCAGAUGAGUAUCUUGUGUCCCCCAUCACGGGGGAGAAGAUCCCUGCCAGCAAAAUGCAGGAACACAUGCGCAUUGGGCUUCUCGACCCCCGCUGGCUAGAGCAGCGAGAUCGCUCCAUCCGUGAGAAGCAGAGCGAUGAUGAGGUGUACGCUCCAGGUCUGGAUAUUGAGAGUAGCUUGAAGCAGUUGGCCGAGCGGCGUACUGAUAUCUUCGGUGUAGAGGAAACAGCCAUUGGUAAGAAGAUUGGCGAGGAGGAGAUCCAGAAGCCAGAAGAAAAGGUGACCUGGGAUGGUCACUCAGGCAGCAUGGCUCGAACCCAGCAGGCUGCCCAGGCCAAUAUCACCCUCCAGGAGCAGAUCGAGGCCAUCCACAAGGCCAAGGGCCUGGUGCCAGAAGAUGAUACGAAAGAGAAGAUUGGCCCCAGCAAGCCCAAUGAAAUCCCCCAGCAGCCACCACCUCCGUCUUCAGCCACCAAUAUACCCAGCUCGGCCCCACCCAUCACCUCAGUGCCCCGGCCACCGACAAUGCCACCUCCUGUCCGGACCACAGUGGUGUCUGCAGUACCCGUUAUGCCCCGGCCCCCUAUGGCGUCAGUGGUCCGACUGCCCCCAGGCUCGGUGAUUGCUCCCAUGCCGCCUAUCAUCCAUGCACCCAGGAUCAAUGUGGUGCCAAUGCCUCCUUCAGCCCCUCCUAUUAUGGCACCCCGCCCACCCCCCAUGAUUGUACCAACAGCCUUUGUGCCCGCUCCGCCUGUGGCACCUGUCCCAGCUCCAGCCCCAAUGCCCCCUGUCCACCCUCCGCCUCCUAUGGAAGAUGAACCUGCUUCCAAGAAACUGAAGACGGAGGAUAGCCUCAUGCCCGAGGAGGAGUUCCUUCGCAGAAACAAAGGUCCAGUGUCCAUCAAAGUCCAGGUGCCCAACAUGCAGGAUAAGACGGAAUGGAAACUGAAUGGACAGGUGCUAGUCUUCACCCUCCCACUCACAGACCAGGUCUCCGUUAUCAAGGUAAAGAUUCACGAAGCCACAGGCAUGCCUGCAGGGAAACAGAAGCUGCAGUAUGAGGGCAUUUUCAUCAAGGAUUCCAACUCACUGGCUUACUACAACAUGGCCAAUGGUGCCGUUAUCCACCUGGCCCUCAAGGAAAGAGGCGGGAGGAAGAAGUAGAAGAGAGGAACCUGCUGUCAGGUCCCAGCCACUGCCGUUUUGCCUCUCCUCUCCCUACCCCCUGUCCCAGACCCAGACCCAGGAAAAUCCUGCCUUGUACAUUAGUUUCCCUCUUAGUUUGGAAAUUCAAAUUAUCCUGCAGUUUCCUUUCCCUACCUGCUUCCCACAUUAGUUAGGAGAGGGCUUCCUACACCACUCUCCUCCCUGGUGGUCUCUGGAAUUCCUUUAUGUUCAAGUCUUGAUUUGAAGGGAUUCAUUUCUUCCAGCAGCCCAUUAGGAAAUGUGAACCUAUGGAUGUUCUGCUGGAUAGUGUCAUAGUGCUGAUUGGCACUUGCCUGAUAGAAUAUGCUUGUUAUCAUCAUCAGUCAUUUUGUAUCUUGCCACAGGCUAUAUAAUAAAUCUCUUAGACCCCUCUUAGACCCUUCUUGUGAAAUCAAUGUCAUAAGACUUCUCUCUUGGCCACCUGUACCCUGUCCACACUCGAAGCAGGGGGAGCAUGUCAUGAAGCCUUGUGGCUCUUCUGCUCUGAGGAUUGCUGGGCUUUUAACUAACUUAUGGACACCAUCAAGUCUUUCAUGAAUCUUUCCUGAAAAGAUAUAUAUUUACUGUCCUUUUAAAACUUUUGGACUCUAAAGGCAUAGCCCUAUGUAUUUAACAGACUAAUACAGGUGUCUUCAACACACCAGGACCACAGAAGAACAAGGAUGGGUGAGAUGCAGUUCCUGGGUCACUGAGCAGGAGUGAGACACAGGCAAGUGAGGGAAGCGGUUUCCUGCAGGCCUGAAAUCACCCAUAACUGCAUUGGCUCAUUGACCUUGGGCAGGUGGCUUAGCCUGAGUGAGCACAGGGACAUGAUGAGUUUUUUGUUCUUUUAAAAAUUAUUUUUAGCCCUGACCAAUGUGGCUCAGUUGAUUGGGCAUCAUCCUGCAAAUCAAAAGGUUGCCAGUUUGAUUCCCAGUCAGGGCAUAUACCUAGGUUGCCGGUUCAUGUCCUCUCCAGGGCGAGUAUAGGAGGCAACCGAUCGAUGUGUCUCUCCCUCUCUUUCUCCCUCCCUUCCCCUCUCUCUAAAAACAAAAUCUUUUUAAAAAUAUAUUUAUUUUAAAAAUACAUAGUUGUACUGAAGCCAUGACUAUUCUAAGGACUAUAAAGUUUAACCAGUUUACCUCUUACUGUCUUAAGCACUUCAUCAUUUUUUAUCCAUUUUAAUUCAUAUAAUCCUGCUAUAUUUGUUUU